ACCGCCGUCAAUUGAACCAUAGGAAAUUGGCAUUUAGCGAGAUUCCUUCCUUCCGGUUGGUUUCUGUCUCUCGUCAUCGUCACUAACUAGUCUGCUCCGCCUCCUCCGUCCGCAUCGUCCCAUCGAUUCCGGCCGUAUUGACACCUCCAUAACUCCAUAAGCAACAAGCAAAAGCAGCUACCUUGGAGCCACAGACACACAGAGGAUUGAAUUUGAUUCGAGGAGAAGAAAACAAGGCCAAAAGAAAUACAUGGGAAAGGAAAAGACUACAGAUUUGGAGUUUGAAGCAAGGAAAGAGAAGAAAAAGUUGAAGGAGAAAAGGAAGAUAGAUGAACCUGGUAGAAAUUCCGCUUCGAUUGAAGGCUCGGAGGACAAAAUAAGUGAGGCAGUUCAGGUGGAGAAAUUUGACAAGAAUGGUGAAAGUGGAGAAGGGGUCAAAAUGAAAAAGAAAAGGAAGAGGGAAAUGGAGGGGUUCGAUGGUGGAUUGAAGUUGAAGCAGAAUGAUGUACAGCAGCUUGGAAAUGAUAAAGAGAAAUCCAAUGAAUUUGACAAGAAUGUAGGAACUGAUAAGGAAAGUGGGGAAGGCAGUGGUGGAACUGAUAGAGAAAGUGGAGAAGGGGCCAAAAAGAAAAAGAAAAGGAAGAAGGAAACAGAAGGGGUCAAUAGUGAAUUGAAGUCGAACCAGAGUGAUGAACAGCUGCUUGGAAAUGAUAGAGAGAAAUCCAAUGAAUUUGACAAGAAUGUUGGAACUGAUAAGGAAAGUGGGGAAGGCAAUGGUGGAACUGAUAGAGAAAGUGGAGAAGGGGCCAAAAAGAAAAAGAAAAGGAAGAAGGAAACAGAGGGGGUCAAUAGUGAAUUGAAGUCGAACCAGAGUGAUGAACGGCUGCUCGGAAAUGAUAGAGAGAAAUCCAAUGGGAAAAUCAUGGAAGAAGCUGACAUUGCAGAUAACGAAAAGAAGAGAAAGAAACUAUCUGAGGAUGACGAAAUGGGCGAUGCCAAAAUGAACAAAGGAGAACUGAAUAAAAAGAAAAAGAAAAAGAAGAAGGAGAAGACAGAAAUGGUGGGCAGUGAAUCGGCACAGAACAUCGUAACUGAUGGAAAGGAGGCUGGAGUAGAAAGUAAGCAUUCAGAUGGGCAAAUCAUGGAGAAGGGUGGAAUCAUGAAAAAAGAGAAAACAAAGAAUAGUAAGAAUUCAAGAAGUGAAGUGCAGGAAACUGGAGGUGAGAAAUUGGGCAGCAAAAGCAGAACUCAAGAAAAUAAUUCCUUAGAGAAUGACGGUAAUGUUCAUGGAACUGGAGACGAGAUAAGCAACAGAAAUACAGAGGAUGAAAAUUCUACACAGAAAGAAACAUCAAAAAGAGUACAUUUUGCUGAUGAUAUUGAGGUCUUUUCACUGUCUGAUGGCUCAAAAGAUGCAGAAGUGGGCAAGGUACGAGGUAAGCGGUUUUCAGCAGAAGAAGACGAGCUUGUGAAAAAGGCUGUUUUAACAUACAUAGAGGAACAUCAGCUGGGUGACGAAGGCAUUGACAUGGUACUCAAUUGUAAGAAUUACCCUGAAAUCAGAAAUUGUUGGAAGGAUAUUGGGGAAACCUUACCCUGGAGGGAUAAGAAAAGCAUAUAUUAUCGAGCCCAUAUGUUAUUAGAACGAGCUUCAGAACGUACUUGGACCAAGGAAGAGUAUGAAAAAGUCAGACGUGCUGCUAACGAAGCUAAGGAGAAAGGUGAAGCCAAACCCAACUGGAGAAAGGUGGGUAAUGAACUUGGCAAACAUAGAAUUCAUGUCAAGGAUGCAUGGCGUAGAAUAAAACUGCAAAACAUGAAGACAGGAGUGUGGUCCCAAGAGGAGUACCAGACUUUGUUUGAUUUAGUGAACAAGGAUCUGCGGAUGCGGGCAUUGGAAGAAAAAAAAUAUUCCAAGCAUGGGAUGCUGCGAGAUAAUAUUAAGUGGGAGGCAAUCAGUGAGACUUUGGGCACCAGAACCAAUCCUGUUUGUUGCCAGAAGUGGUAUAACCAAUUGGCUUCACCUUUGGUAGCUGAUGGUCAGUGGGCUGAUGUUGAUGACUACCGCCUAGUUUACGCUCUUGACAGCUUGGAUGCUUGUUGCAUGGAAGAAGUUGAUUGGGAUGAUCUGCUUGAGCAUAGGUCUGGAGAUGUAUGUAAAAAGCGAUGGAAUCAAAUGGUCAGACACAUUGGUCAGUAUGCGAUGAAGUCAUUUGCAGAACAAGUUGAAAUUUUGUCGAAACGUUAUUGUCCUGAUGCGCUUGAAGCAAAGGAAGCCUGUGACAGUAAGCCAAUAGUCGAGUAAGGUUUAUUUGGCAUCAAAUUAGCUGAUAUAUGUUUGAUAGUGUUGAACAUUUAGUUUGAGCGAGUUUUAUUUGGUAUCAAAACUGGCUAUAUUAAGUUUCGCUUUUUGUUUUUAAGCUUUUGUUUCAAACUGGUUAUGUUGAAGAACUCUCCUUGCCGUUUGUUUGACAGUCGUGUUCAUCCAUUGAGAAAGGGAGACGAUUUUCAUGUCUAUCGUUCUGGAUGCGGGUUAACUGCUUGUUUUCAACCAUUUUGAUUGAGAACAAUAUUUUG